AUGAGAUUCUACUAUCUACUCUAUCUGGUCACACUUGUACAUCCUAUCCUUGCACUUCCCACCCCUCACCGACUGUAUAAACGCUCCCGGACCUGGGAUGACAUAACGGAGCACUAUCUCGCCGAUCGAGAUUUCGACCUUGCCGGCCUCCCGAACGGUGAGGUGCUUCUGCGUCGAGAUUUCGAAGCGCGGUAUACUGUGGAGAAGGAUAUCAACACCCGCACUUCCGAGGAGGAGGAUGACAACCGUCUGAGAAAACGGUCAAAAAUCGGGGAUGCCUUCAAAGCUUUUGGUCGUAAGCUGAAGAAAGGCUUCCAGAAGGCGGGGAGUGCUAUCAAGAAGGGUUUCCAGAAGGUGGGGGAGGGAAUCAAGAAGGCCGCAGUGAAGGUUGGGCAGGGAAUCAAGAAGGCAGCCGUGAAGGUUGCGCAGGGAGUUAAGAAGGCCUGGAAUUCGACCGCUGGGAAGAUCGUCAGAAAGGUUGUUGAAGUUGUGGGGAACGUAGUGUCGACCUUCAUUCCACCACUCAAAAUUGUCACAACCGCUGCCACCAUCGCCAAGGUCGCAGUGGGAGCUGCCAAGGCCGGCAAGGCCAUUAAAGCCGCGAAGACUGCGGCUACAACCGCCAAACAUGCCGUCAAGGCCGCCAAUAACAACAACAAUAACAACAAUAACAACCAGAACAAGAAGAAGCAGUAG